GACUCUUUAUUCUGUUUUCUGUGUUGUGAAAUUGCUCUGUCCAUUCCAGCCCUAACUUGAAGCCCCAGUGUCAGAAGGAAGUCAAAUAUUGUGUCGGAGGAAAAAUAGCUGUGACUUCUGCCCCCAAGUAGUUAUUUAGAAACACAUGUCAGAAACAAUGUUAACAUACUAAAGGCAGGAAGAGGAAGUCUUGGUGAAUGAUCGCCCACUGAUUCUGUGUAACUUAUAAAGUAUCUAAUAUUACAGUUGCAAGCUUCAUGAAUUACAGCAGCUAGCACAGUCCUUGCACACGUAGUAAGUAUUCGGUGAAUGUUUUUCUUCGUAAAACCAGCAGGAGUUGAAGGUAUUAAUUAGACGUUUUGCAAGUUUUUCUCAAACUUGACUAAUAUGAGACCCUUGGUUUACCCAAAUUAUUAUGUUAUUCAAAUAUAUAUCAACAUAAUACUAGUUAUGAAGCUCAUUUAUUCAUUUUUGAGACAGGGUCUUGUUCUGUUGCCCAGGAGGGAUGUGCAUCGGCACAACCACGGCUCACAGCAGCCUCCACCUCCCAGGCUCAAGCAGUCCUCCCACCUCAGCCUCCCAAGUAGCUGGGACUACAGGCAUUCACCACCACACCUGGCUAAUUUUCUUUUUUCUUUUUUUUUUUUUUUUUUUUGAGACGGAGUCUCACUCUGUUGCCCAGGCUGGAGUGCAAUGGCACGAUCUUGGCUCACUGCAGCCUCUGCCCCCUGGGUUCAAGCAGUUCUCCUGCUGCAGCCUCCUGAGUAGCUGGGAUUACAGGCGUGCGCAACCACACCCGGCUAAUUUUUGUAUUUUUAGUAGAGAUGGGGUGAAACCCCAUCAUGUUGGCCAGGCUGGUUUCGAACUUCUGACCUCAGGUGAUCCACCCACCUCAGCCUCCCAAAGUGCUGGGAUUAAAGGCGUGAGCUACCGCCCCUGGACCACCUGACUAAUUUUUAAAAUUUUCGUAGAGACGGGAUUUCACUGUGUUGCCUGGGCUGGUCUCGAACUCCUGGCCUCAAGCAAUCCUUCCACCUCGGCCUCCCAAAGUGCUGGGAUUAUAGGCAUGAGCCACCACACCUGGCCUGAAGCCAUUGUUUGACUAUAAAACAAUAUAUGGGCUGGGCGCGUGGUGGCUCAUGCCUGAAAUCCCAGCACUUUGGAAAGCCGAGGCAGAUGGAUCACCUGAGGUCAGGGGUGCGAGACCAGCCUGGCCAACAUGAUGAAACCCUGCCUCUACUAAAAAUACAAGAUUAGCUGGGCUUGGUGGCAGGUGCCUGUAAUCCCAGCUACUCAGGAGGCUGAGGCAAGAGGAUCAGUUGAACCUGGGAGGCAGAGGUUGCAGUGAGCCGAGAUCCUGCCACUGCACUUCAGUUUGGGCAACAGAGUGAGAUUCUGUUUCAAAAAACAAACAAACAAAUAAAAAUACAUUUAUAAAUUAUAAAACUAAAUGAAAUUACACAUUCGGUAAAAUUUAAAUCUACAUCAGGUAAUGCUAGGGAUGAUGUGAAACUAAUGCUCCUCACAAUAUGUAUAUGGCGCUGAUGGGAGUUUGGAAUGCCUCUACUAAUGUUGCCUUAUAGUUAUUUACCACUUUUUCUAUGAAAUUACUGUAGAACCUUUAUUUGUACAGAUGGUCAUUUGACCUUCACAUGGCAAAACCUAACAUUUAUGUAUUAAAUCUACCUGCUUAAUGCAAUAAAAUUAGGACUUAGUUAUAAAAUUAUGUAGUAGUUAUAAAUCCAGAUGGGAGCACUGAAAUCACACAGUAGUACUGGCUUAUAAUGAUUGUCAUCCGCAUUAUCCAGAAUAUGCUCAUGAAAUUAUCCUAGACAAUUCUUAAAAUCCAGAGACCAUGGCCUCAAGUAACUAGGAUUCUUGGACCUUGAGAAACAUAGCCAUAGAGGUUUUAUUUACCAUUGGUGUUCCUGAGUAAUUAUUUUAGUGUCAGUACUGGGAUAUUUAGAAUGGAAGGAGCAGUGUGUUUAACUGCAACCUGUGUUAGCAUUUCUGUCUUAUUAGUUGAAAACUCAUCCACUAGAGGCAGAACAAAGCAUCAGGGAUAAAAGGAAAAGUAGAAUAGGUUGGAGUUAUUGAGGCCCUUAUUGUACUUCGUCUCUCCCCCCUUGAAAUUUUCAGCUACUUUACUUUGUUCAUUUAAUCUGUUUUAUUCUAAAUAUUAUAUAUUCUAAAUUUGUUUUAACUUCUUUCUCUUUUUCUUUUCCUGCACUAAAUCCUAUAACAGCUGGUAUUUGUAUUGUUUUGAUUUUUUUUUUCCUUUUUACUUAGCAAAAUGUGUUCAGAAUGAGCCUCUGUGGAGAGUCAGGCGAGUCAUGUCCCAUGGUAGUUUAGCCCAUUUUAAUGGACUAAAUCCAGGUCACUGGUCUGUCAAGAUUAUGUAACUAAUGGCAUAUCCAAGACUAAGCACCUGUCUCUGCACUUCUGCUCCUACUUUUGCCCACUCCAACUCACAAUUCUUUGCCUAGUGGUACUUCAUGAAUACUGUAGACUAUGGAACACUCCUGGUUUCUUUUUGAGACAGAGUCUCACUUUCUCGCCCAGGCUGGAGUGCAAUGGCACGAUCUUGGCUCACUGUAACCUCUGCCUCCCAGGUUCAAGUGAUUCUUCUGCCUCAGCCUCCUGAGUAGCUGGGAUUACAGGUACCCACUAUCAUGCCCGGCUAAUUCUUGUACUUUUGUAGAGAUGGGGUUUCACCAUGUUGGCCAGGCUGGUCUCAAACUCCUGAUCUCAGGUGAUCUGCCCACCUUGGCCUCCCAAAGUGCUGGGAUUACAGGCGUGAGCCACUGCGCCCGGCCGGGAACACUGCUGUUUAUUGUAGCACACAUUAGAUGGGUAAACAUUACCCAGAAGGCUAGAAUGUUGAGUGUUACUAUGAGAGUGCCUUGGCAAAUGAUUGGAGUGCCUUGGCAAAUGAUUUCUGGAAUAGUGAGCUCUUAAUUACAGAUAGCUUCUUUGGCAUCCAUUCUACUUGAGAUAACUGGAAACAAGCUACCUCGUCAGAAAUUAAGAUAUUAAAAGCAAGUUGCAAAACUAUAGCAUGAUUCUGUGUGUACAGUUACAUGUACAGGUUGAGUAUCCCUUAUCUGAAAUGCUUGCGUUGUAUUUACCAGUUCAGCAUCCCAAAUCCAAAAAUCCAAAAUUCGAAAUGCUCCAAUGAGCAUUUCCUUUGAGCAUUGUUGUCACUCAAAAUAUUUCUCAUUUUUGGAUUUGGGGUGCUCAACCUGUAUAAUACCAUUGGAUAUACAUUUGAUCCUUGAACAAUGUGGGAGUUAGGGACUCUGACCGCCCCCCGCCCCUCCCCACAGUGGAAAAUUUGCAUAUAACUUUUCACUCCCCCAAAACUUACUAUUAAGUGCCUGCUGUUGACUCUAAGCCUUACCAAUAACAUAAACAGUUGAUUAACACAUACUUUGUAUGUUAUAUGUAUUAUAUACCAUAUUCUUAUAAUAAAGUAAGCUAGAGAAAAGAAUGUUACUAAGAAAAUCCCGAGGAGGAGAAAAUAUAUUUGCCCUUCAUUAAAUGGAAGUGGUUCAUCAUAAAGGUCUUCAUUCUCCUUGUCUUAAUGUUGAGUAGGCCGAGGAGGAAGAGGAUGAUUUGGUCUUGCUGUCUUGGGUGGCAGAGGUGGAAGAGGUGGAGGAGGUGGAAGGGAAGGCAAGAGGGUAGACGGCACUUGGUGUAACUUUGCAGAAAUACAUUAUAAUUUCUGUCUGACAUUUUUGCUUUUUCAUUUCUCUAAAAAUGUUUCUAUACAGUACCAAUUCUUCCACCACUUGCUUUAGUUUAAAUGCAUUAGUUUUCAGUAUAGAAGGGUCCAUAAAAGAAGUCAAAAGCAGUCUUGAAUAAUUGGCCCUUCUGCCAGAUUGUCUAGUGUCAAUUUGUUUUAUGGCACUGCUUCACCUAAGUUUUCUUCCUCAUCACCUUGCACUGGUUUGGAAGGACUCAUCCCCAUCAAAUUGGCUUUUGUUAACUACUCUGGUGUGUCUGUUAGCUCUUGAAUUUCUUCAAGAUAUCUUGAGACCCUUCACCCCGACCCCCCUGCACUUUUCUCCCCCCAUAUUUACAAUCUCUUUCACGAUUUCCUUGAUUGGCUCUGUCUUAAGUCCUAUGAUGCCAUGCACAAUAUCUGGACACAGUUUUUUCUCCAGCAGGACUUUGUUUUGGGCUUGAUGAUUUUCAUGGCUUUUUCUAUAACAACAAUAGCAUCUUCAGUGGUAUAAUCUUUACACACUUUCUUGAUACUCUCUGUAUUAGGGUUCUCUCCCAUAGCAUUGACAAUCCUUUCCGUAGAGUACCACGUGUAAUGAGCUUUAGAGGUUCUUACGACCCCCUGGUCUAGAGGCUGAAUUAGAAACAUUGUGUUUGGGGGCAAGUAGACCACUUUGACACCUUCAGUGUUGAACUCAUGGGGUUCUGGGUUGCCAGGGGCAUUGUCCAAUAUUAAAAGAAUUUUAAAAGCCAGUUCCUUAUUGGCAAGGUACUUCCUGACUUCAGGGACAAAGCAUCAGUGGAACCAAUUCAGAAAAAAGGAUUUCCAUUGUCCAGGCCUUCUAGUUGUACAACCAAAAGACAGGCAGCUGGUGCUGAUCUUUUCCCUUCAAGGAUUGGGGGUGAGGGUUAGCAGCUUUAUAGAUAAGGGCAGUUCUGAUCAUAAACCCCACUACGUUUUCAUGAAACAGUAGAGUUAGCCUGUCUCUUUUUGUUUUCAAUCCUGCUGCUUGCUUCUCUUCCUACUAAAUGUCCUUUGUGGUGUUUUUCUAGAAUAGGAUACUUUCAUCUGCAUUAAAAACCUGUUCAGGCCAGGCGCAGUGGCUCACGCCUGGAGUCCUAGCACUUUGGGAGGCCAAGGCGGGUGGAUCACGAGGUCGGGACUUUGAGGGCAGCCUGGCCAACAUGGUGAAACCCUGUCUCUGCUAAAAAUACAAAAAGUAGCUGGGCGUCCUAUUCACGCAGAUAUCCUUUCUCCUCAAUGAUUUUCUUUUUUGUUUUUUGUUUUUUUUUUUUUGAGAUGGAGUCUUGCUCUGUCGCCCAGGCUGGAGUGCAGUGGCAUGAACUCGGCUUACUGCAACCUCCGCCUCCCGGGUUCAAGCAAUUCUCCUGCCUCAGCCUCCAGAGUAGUUGGGAUUACAGACACGCACCACCGCGCCCGGACAUCAUGACUUUUCUCUGCUUCUUGAGAGCACUUCCAGCAUCGCUAGUCGCACUUUAUAAGGAGGAAGAGGAGGACACUUUUAUUGAAGAACAACAACUAGAAGAAGAGAAGCUAUUGGAAAGAGAGAGGCAAAGAUUACAUGAGGAGUGGUUGCUAAGAGAGCAGAAGGCACAAGAAGAAUUCAGAAUAAAGAAGGAGAAGGAAGAGGCGGCUAAAAAACGGCAAGAAGAACAAGAGAGAAAGUUAAAGGAACAAUGGGAAGAACAGCAGAGGAAAGAGAGAGAAGAGGAGGAGCAGAAACAACAGGAGAAGAAAGAAAAAGAGGAAGCUUUGCAGAAGAUGCUGGAUCAGGCUGAGAAUGAGUUGGAAAAUGGUACCACAUGGCAAAACCCAGAACCACCCGUGGAUUUCAGAGUAAUGGAGAAGGAUCGAGCUAAUUGUCCCUUCUACAGUAAAACAGGAGCUUGCAGAUUUGGAGAUAGAUGUUCACGUAAACAUAAUUUCCCAACAUCCAGUCCUACCCUUCUUAUUAAGAGCAUGUUUACGACGUUUGGAAUGGAGCAGUGCAGGAGGGAUGACUAUGACCCUGACGCAAGCCUGGAGUACAGCGAGGAAGAAACCUACCAACAGUUCCUAGACUUCUAUGAGGAUGUGUUGCCCGAGUUCAAGAACGUGGGGAAAGUGAUUCAGUUCAAGGUCAGCUGCAAUUUGGAACCUCACUUGAGGGGCAAUGUAUAUGUUCAGUACCAGUCGGAAGAAGAAUGCCAAGCAGCCCUUUCUCUGUUUAACGGACGAUGGUAUGCAGGACGACAGCUGCAGUGUGAAUUCUGCCCCGUGACCCGGUGGAAAAUGGCGAUUUGUGGUUUAUUUGAAAUACAACAAUGUCCAAGAGGAAAGCACUGCAACUUUCUUCAUGUGUUCAGAAAUCCCAACAAUGAAUUCUGGGAAGCUAAUAGAGACAUCUACUUGUCUCCAGAUCGGACUGGCUCCUCCUUUGGGAAGAACUCCGAAAGGAGGGAGAGGAUGGGCCACCACGACGACUACUACAGCAGGCUGCGGGGAAGGAGAAACCCUAGUCCAGACCACUCCUACAAAAGAAAUGGGGAAUCCGAGAGGAAAAGGAGUAGUCACAGGGGGAAGAAAUCUCACAAACGCACAUCAAAGAGUCGGGAGAGGCACAAUUCACGAAGCAGAGGAAGAAAUAGGGACCGCAGCAGGGACCGCAGCCGGGGCCGGGGCAGCCGGAGCCGGAGCCGCAGGAGCCGCCGCAGCCGGAGCCAAAGUUCCUCUAGGUCCCGAAGUCGUGGCAGGAGGAGGUCGGGUAAUAGAGACAGAACUGUUCAGAGUCCCAAAUCCAAAUAAACUAGUUUUGUUCUUAAA